CUGUUCAUUCGCCGUUGGUCGUCGCUCGACGUACAGAAAAAAUCUAAUGAAAAUUUGUGAACUUGCAGUAAAAUUCAGUAAAUUAAAAACAAAAAAUAGUAAGAAUAGAACAAGCUAAUUAAUUGACGUCUGAAAACGGUAAAGGAGCGGCAGCAACGACUAGACUAAAACAACUUAUUUACAGGAAGAAGUAUAAAAGAAUACGGUUAUAAGGAUCGUAAUACGGAUAUAAGAUUAAGUGGUUUUGAAGCGCAUAAAGCAGAAAAUCGAAAGACUGAAGUAAAUUGAAUUAAGUCAGAAGCCAGGAGAAGUUGCGUUAAUAAUUAGUAUUGCGCCGGAAUUGUAGGAGGACAGAAUCAGGGAAUAUCCUACGUUUAAACCUAUUUAUUUGCCUAAUUUGGACUGUUUAUAUUUGCAUCAAACGUAAAGCGUAUUUGGAUUUUCAUUCAUAAAAUUUACUUUGGGUCGCAAUUUACAAAAUUAUUUUGUAUUAAAGCGGAAAGUCUAUAAGUAAACAAAAUGGACGAUUUGAUGGUCGAAGUAAGGCUCGACAAUGGCGCCUACUACAAGGGAAGAGCAACUGCAGUUUGUGAUGACGGCGUAUUUGUGGAAGUUGACGGCUGUCCCGAUGUACAAAAAUAUCCCUUCUCAAAUGUGCGCUUCCCGCCAGAAGAAAAUGAGAAUCCGCCCGCCUUUGAGGAAGGCAUGGAAGUGGAAGUGUUCACCCGUUCAACGGAACGAGAGUCCUGUGGUUGGUGGAUUGCUUCCAUUAAAAUGAUUAAGGCUGAAAUCUGCGCCGUUGCGUACAUAGGCUUUGAGACACCGUAUACUGAAAUUUGCGAACUGAAGCGUUUACGUAUCAAAAAUCAAAAUCCGCCAUUGACAUCCAAGUCAUUCUAUCAGUUCUCGAUACCCGUACCCGAGGAAUUGCGACAGGAAGCGCAAAAAGAUGGUAUUCACAAGGAAUUUCAACGUACAAUAGGUGCCGGCGUGUGUGUAUACAAUCGCGAUUUGGACAGUCUUAUUGUGAUUUCGAAAUGGGAACACACUCAGAAACGUGCCAGCAUGCUAAAAGAUAUGCAUUUUCGUAAUUUGGCACAGAAGGUUAUGCUGUUGAAAAGAACUGAGGAGGCUGCUCGUCAGCUGGAAUCGACUAAACUGCUUAAUCGUGGCUAUACCGAUGAAUUCCAAGUGCGCGAAGAUUUAAUGGGCUUGGCCAUAGGUUCACAUGGUGCCAAUAUUCAAGCAGCUCGUCUGUUGGAAGGUGUUACAAAUAUUGAAUUAGAGGAGAAGUCGUGCACUUUUAAAAUCACCGGCGAAUCGGAGGAUGCAGUGCAGCGAGCACGGGCGAUGCUUGAAUAUGCCGAGGAAUUCUUUCAGGUUCCUAGAGAGUUGGUGGGCAAGGUGAUCGGCAAGAAUGGGCGAAUCAUACAGGAAAUCGUGGACAAAAGUGGUGUCUUUCGAAUUAAGGCGUUGGGAUUCGCACAGAUCGCAGGCGAUGAUGAGCAGGAUCAGAAUAUACCACGUGAGCAUGGUCAUGUACCGUUUGUGUUCAUUGGCACCGUUGAAAGUAUUUCAAACGCCAAAGUGUUGCUGGAAUAUCACUUGGGGCAUUUGAAGGAAGUGGAACUGCUGCGUCAAGAAAAACUGGAAAUCGAUCAACAACUGCGCGCAAUACAAGAAUCCACAAUGGGUUCGAUGCAGAAUUUCCCUGUCACACGACGAUCGGAGAGAGGGUAUAGCAGUGACAUAGAGUCGGUGCGUUCGGGACGUGGCGGACCGCGCGGGCGUGGUAGAGGUCGAGGCGGUGGCAAUGGCGGCAAUCAGCGAUAUCAUCAAGGCCGUCGGGACGAUGAUGAUUACAAUUCCCGCGGUGACCAUCGUUACAACGAUCGCAGUGCCGGCGGUGGUGGUGGUGGCUAUCGUGGCGGAAAUGAUCGACGCGGUGGCGGUGGUAAGCAAAAUGGACGCAGAGAACAGAACGGCAGGGAUCUAGGCAGAGACCAUUACCACAAUCAUAAUGAUGAUAUGCGUGAGGAUACGCGUGAAUUGAGCAGCGUCGAAAGAGCUGAAAGCAACUCAUCGUACGAGGGUAGCUCAAGAAGACGUAGGCGGCAAAAGAAUAACAGCGCUGCUCAUAACACGAAUGGUGGGGUUACCAAUAACAAAUCCCAGCCCAGCAAGCAACCACAAAACGCAGAUAACAAUAAAAACAACAAUGGUGGUGGUGGCGGUGGUGCCGGCAGCUCGUCGGAGCGAUCGAAACAACAGAGCGUGAACAGCAAAGAUGGCAGUAAUGUGGCAAUCAAAGGCAACAUUGAGAAAACACAGGCGCCACAACAACAGCAACAACAACAGCCACAGCAACAGCAAUUACCACCGCAGCAGCAGCAGCAACAACAACAACAGCCACAGCAGUCGCAGCAGCAGCAGCAACAGCAUCAUCAACAACAACAGCAACAGCAGUCGCAGCAGUCAAAACAACAACGACGCACCAAAAACAGAAACAAUCACGCAGACUCGAUACAACCACAGGAGAACAAUAAGCGGGAGACACUUGUCAAUGGAACAUCCUAAUGGGUCGACAACAACAACAAAUAAAAAUAUAUAAAAUAAAAAAUGCGUACGCAUGCAAUAGCCUCAAAAGCAACUGCGACAACAACAGUGACAGCAGAAUAUGUAGUAAAACAGAAAACAAAAACAAAAAAACGAUGAGGAAUUAGGAUGCAAUACCUAACAUCUUCGAAGCAUUAAUUGAAUUGAAUGAGCUAAACAAUAAAACUAAAAAAAAAAAAAUAAUUAAACAAAAAAUAUUAAAUAAUGAAAAUAAUUUAAAAAAGAACACAUUUAAACAACUUAAAAGGAAACACUACAAAAAGAAUACAGCAAGAGAGGAUUUUUAUUAAAGAAUAAUAAAAAAAAAAUCAUAAGAAAAAACAAUGACAAAAAGGAAAACUGAAAAUUAAAAAUAUAUAGAAAAUAGUUUACUAACUCGAUACAAACGAAUUAUACACACAUACACACAAACGCUAACAUAAAUCAUCAAACACUUAACAAACAUUUCAUGAUGCAUUAAA